AUGACCUUCGUCAUACGAUCUAAUGACAGUAGCAGCGACACCAACGAUGGUAUAGACCCUGAUGUUGUGACACUCCUAUUGUCAAGCACGAUCUACACCACGUACUUUCAAGUCUUGAUUCUGACGCUUUUGGUGUAUGAUCUCGCUACCACAAUGGAUAAAGAGGUCCGGUACUUCUGGAAAACUCCACGGAGUGUUGUCAAUAUUGCUUUCUUUCUAAAUCGCUACAUCGGCAUAAUGGGUCCUGCUGCAUUCUUGUACUGUUCUGCAACUGCCUGGCUGAAAAGUCUUUCCGACCUGACUGUCCGAGUCAUAAUCGACUACAUCCUCCUGCAUAGAGUUCUGGCUCUUUACUGCUACGAACGAAGAUUAUCGAUGCCACUCAAAAUAUUAUUCGUGAUGGAGGAAGGAUUUCGCCUCGGAGCCUUGAUCUACCUUGUACAUGCUCAAGAGGUCACUGCCAUUCGCUUGUCGGACAAUGUUACACUAUGUACGGUCGGAAAGGCAUUGUCUUUGCAGUUGCUUAUAAUAGACUGGAUUAUACCGCUGGCUUAUGAACUCCUUAUCAUGGGUUUAACGCUUGCUCGCGCUGUUGAAUUUUGGCAACUCUCUGCUGGUUUCAAAGGGUUGACACUAGUCAAGAUCGUUGUCCUUGAUCAAAUUAUGUAUUUCGCCCUAGUCAUAAUAUGCUGUUUAUUCAACUUGCUCCAAUUCGCUAUCCGGGAAGCCAGCGUAGUAACCCAAACCAUCACAUACGCUCUCGGGAGCACCUCGUUCCUUUGUAUCCUAGGCAGUCGAAUGCUAUUCAACCUAAAAGAAGCAGGACAGAAUGGUCUUAACGAAGGAACAAGUUAUCGAUUAACUCAGACCGGUCCUGAGGAAUUCGAGAUGCGGUUCGCUUGA